AUGCAGUCUCUGAAUUUCAUCACCGGGAAUCAAAAUAAAUUGACCGAGGUGCGGGCUAUCCUGGGUAGUACAGUGACUGUGCACAGUAAAGCAAUUGAUAUCCCGGAGAUCCAAGGAACCAUUGAAGCGAUUGCUAAAGAGAAAUGUCGUCGUGCCGCUGCAGAGGUUGGAGGCCCUGUCUUGACGGAGGACACAGCGCUUGAAUUUCGUGCUCUAAAGGGCCUUCCUGGUCCCUAUAUUAAAUGGUUUCUCCAAUCCAUAGGCCUCGAGGGUUUGAACAAGAUGCUUGACCCUUAUGAGGAUCGCUCUGCAGAAGCUGUAUGUACUUUUGCCUUCUCCAGCGGCCCUGGCGAAGAGCCUAUCAUAUUCCAAGGAAGAACUUUGGGCAAGAUCGUAGCUGCACGUGGCCCAGACAGAUUCGGGUGGGAUCCUGUUUUUGAAUACCAGGGCCGAACAUAUGCAGAGAUGGAUAAAGAGGAAAAGAACAAGAUAUCUCACCGCUUCAAGGCUCUGAUGAAGCUGAAGGAGUGGUUAGCUGAAAAAAGUGCAUGA